CCGCCCCCCUGCAUAAACUUCCUGUGGAAUAUUAGGUGUGACUGCACUCCGCCUCACCCUGCAACAAAAUUUAAAUACAUUUGGUUAAAGAAAGAGAAUCAAAAUACGUCUGAAGCGGAGAAUAAAAAUGGCAGAACUAGCGGCCCUGCUGCGUCAGGACAUACCGGAGGGGCGUAGUAAUCUAGCCGACAGUCACACAAAUUUGGAGCGCGUAGCGGAAUACUGCGAGGCGAAUUACUUCCAAGCCGAGAACAAGCGAAUAGCCCUUGAGGAGACAAAAAACUUUACAACCCAGUCACUGGCGAGUGUAGCAUACCAGAUAAACACCCUGGCCUACAAUUUCCUGCAGCUGCUGGACCUGCAGACGUCCCAGCUGGCGGAGAUGGAGAGCCAGAUGAACCACAUAGCCCAGACAGUGAUGAUUCACAAGGAGAAGGUGGCGAGACGAGAGAUAGGUGUCUUGACAGCCAACAAGAUGACGACGAGACAGUACAAGAUCAUAGCCCCAGCUAAUCCAGAGAAGCCGAUAAAAUACGUGCGGAAGAGCAUUGAUUACAACACUCUGGAUGAGAUUGGGCAUGGGGUGAGGAGCACUGGCACCCCCAGGAGCAAGCAGAGGGGCGGAAGUCAGGGGAGUGUUCAGAGUCUGGGAGCUGUGUCCAGUGGCUCAGGACUGGCAGCUGCCAUGGUCGGUCCAGCUCCCACGACGAAACCCCCAACUCCACCGCAGGCUGCCAGGACUGGAACCCUGAGCAAGGGCUCCAGGGAGUACAGAACUCCACCAGCUGUGGCACCCCCACAGGUCCCAAGUCAUUAUGCACCCAAUUAUCCACUGGGACAUCCUCGACGUGAACGCGGCCCUGGCUACAGCACUCUGCCACUCCAUGCACACACAACCCAGCACAAUACCCUUCCUCACAAUAGUCAUAAUAGUCAUAGUAAUAAUGCGGGGGGUGUGCAGCACACGUCCCCACCGCAAGUCGGUACUGUGCAUCCGUUGCAGAGUCAUCCCCAGAUUCCACCACCAGCUCCACCAAGUCUCACGGGGAAUAACUCGUAUUUGCAGGAGCAGCACAUCAGCAUGCCUCCCCCACCCUCUCCAUUAGUUGGAGUUGGUGACAUGGCGGAUUACACCGGACAUCAUACAUUACCCCACAGGUUCUCUCAUCAGAUUAGUAGAAGCAGUGGUGCUGGUAGUCCUCCAUUACCACCGCCACCACCCGAGCAAGACGAGCAUUCGCAAUUUGGUAGACCCCAGGGUCACAAUCAGGGUCACAGCCAGGGUGGUGCCAUAAUGCCGAUUGUCCCUGACGAGGAGGAUCUCCCCGGUUGGGUGCCCAAGAAUUACAUUGAAAAAGUCGUUGCAAUUUAUGACUACUACGCUGAUAAAGAGGACGAACUGAGCUUCCAGGAGAGCAGUGUCAUCUACGUCCUGAAGAAGAACGACGAUGGAUGGUGGGAGGGGGUGAUGGAUGGCAUAACCGGGCUAUUCCCUGGUAAUUACGUCGAGCCUUGUGUCUGAAAUUCUGUUUGAAUUUAGAACGAAAGGUGCUGAAGUUUAAAUAUUAAUCAGCGAUUAAGUGCUAACAAGUGUAAAGUUAAUAAGCUUUUACGUCAGCUCGUCGUCUUCAACAUUAUCAUUAAGAUAUUAUCAAGACUUGAAUAAAAAUCACAUUGUACCAGACAUCAUGUAUUUUGACACUGUUAUUUAAGGGAUUAUGUAAUCAGGAGAUUUUGUAAUAUAUGUCACAUGUAGCAUUUACAGGAAUAAAAUGACAGCAUUGAAAAAUA